CAUUGGUCGACGUGCCCAAGCUUCUAGAAGCAUCUUUUCGACCCCAUAUAUAAACAGCCAUUUUCCACUGCCUCUUCCGAUUUCUUGUUGAGCAACUAAGCUGAUAACUAGUUUAAGUAUUUAUUGAAGUAUUGUCUGCAACUUUAAAUUUAAUUAUAAAAAGAUGGCUAAAGCACCCGCAGUUGGUAUUGAUCUGGGAACCACCUACUCCUGUGUCGGUGUUUUCCAACAUGGAAAAGUUGAAAUAAUCGCCAACGAUCAAGGAAACAGGACAACACCCUCCUAUGUCGCUUUUACCGAUACCGAGCGUCUUAUCGGAGAUGCCGCUAAAAACCAGGUGGCGAUGAACCCCAAUAACACAAUUUUUGAUGCCAAACGUCUUAUUGGGCGUCGUUUUGAUGAUGCCACUGUUCAAGCUGACAUGAAGCACUGGCCCUUCGAAGUCAUCAAUGAUGGUGGAAAACCAAAAAUCAAAGUCGAUUACAAAGGUGAAAGCAAAACUUUCUACCCAGAAGAAGUAAGUUCCAUGGUUCUCACCAAAAUGAAGGAAACUGCAGAAGCAUAUUUGGGAAAAGGAGUCACCAACGCCGUCAUCACUGUACCUGCCUACUUCAAUGACUCCCAGAGACAGGCUACCAAAGAUGCUGGUACUAUUGCUGGUCUUCAGGUACUUCGUAUCAUCAACGAACCCACCGCUGCCGCUAUUGCCUAUGGUUUGGACAAAAAAGCUACUGGCGAAAGAAACGUACUCAUUUUCGAUUUGGGUGGUGGUACCUUUGAUGUCUCCAUCUUAACCAUCGAAGAUGGUAUCUUCGAAGUCAAGUCUACUGCUGGUGACACUCACUUGGGAGGAGAGGACUUCGACAACAGGAUGGUUAACCACUUCGUACAAGAAUUCAAACGUAAAUACAAAAAAGAUCUGACCACCAACAAACGUGCCCUUCGUCGUCUCCGUACAUCUUGUGAAAGGGCGAAGCGUACUCUCUCAUCCUCCACCCAAGCUAGCAUUGAAAUCGACUCUCUCUUCGAGGGUAUCGACUUCUACACCUCCAUUACCCGUGCUAGAUUCGAAGAAUUGAACGCUGAUCUCUUCAGAUCCACCAUGGAGCCUGUCGAAAAGUCCAUCCGUGAUGCAAAAAUGGACAAGACCCAAAUCCACGACAUCGUUUUGGUUGGUGGUUCCACCCGUAUCCCUAAAGUACAGAAGCUCCUCCAGGACUUCUUCAAUGGAAAGGAACUUAACAAAUCCAUCAAUCCUGAUGAAGCUGUUGCCUAUGGUGCUGCUGUCCAAGCUGCCAUUCUACAUGGUGACAAGUCUGAGGAAGUUCAAGAUCUGCUUCUUCUGGACGUGACACCUUUGUCUCUUGGAAUUGAAACUGCCGGAGGAGUUAUGACUGCUCUUAUCAAGAGAAACACAACCAUUCCAACCAAGCAGACUCAAACCUUCACCACUUACUCCGAUAACCAACCUGGUGUACUUAUCCAGGUCUAUGAAGGAGAGCGUGCCAUGACCAAAGACAACAACCUUUUGGGUAAAUUCGAAUUGACCGGUAUCCCACCUGCACCACGCGGUGUUCCACAAAUCGAAGUAACAUUCGAUAUCGACGCCAACGGUAUCUUGAACGUAACGGCCAUUGAAAAAACCACCAACAAAGAAAACAAGAUCACCAUCACCAACGACAAAGGUCGCCUCAGCAAAGAAGACAUUGAACGCAUGGUCAACGAUGCUGAGAAAUACCGUAGUGAAGAUGAGAAGCAAAAGAACACCAUUGCUGCUAAGAACGGUUUGGAAUCUUACUGCUUCCAUGUCAAGAGUACCAUCGAAGAUGAUAAUAUCAAGAACAAGAUCAGCGAGAGUGACAAAAAUACCAUUAUGGAAAAAUGCAACGAAGUUAUUGCUUGGUUAGAUGCCAAUCAAUUGGCAGAGAAGGAAGAAUAUGAACACAAGCACAAAGAGCUUGAGAAUAUCUGCAAACCAAUCAUCACCGCCUUGUAUCAAGGUGCUGGAGGAGUUCCUGGUGGAAUGCCUGGUGGUAUGCCAGGUGGCUUCCCAGGACCCGGAGGUGCCGCACCUGGUGCUGGAACCGGCGGUGCUGGACCCACCAUCGAGGAAGUCGAUUAAGUUAAUCACUUGUUUCAUUCCAAUGAUUUUGCAGUAUUAUUGCAGACAACGCUUUUAUUUCAUACUUAGUGUUGUUUUUAUUGAAAUCCGAUUAACAUCUUCUGAGCUAUCAGCAAGUUUUUAUCUCCAAUAAAUGAAUCAGGAUUAA